UGUAGAUUUGUGUUGGUAAAUAUGUUAACAGUAAAGCUUAUCAGCAAUCUCACCGAAGGACGUAUUGAUUUUUCAGCCAUCUGGAAACUGUGUCUCAGAGAGGCAGCUUCCUGCUUGAAUGCUGGUGCUGAUCCAAAUGGCCUGAGUACAGAAGGGGCAGCGGCCAUGCACAUAGCUGCUGGGAUAGGAGUCGAGGCAGUGCGGCUGCUUCUGCUUCAUGGAGGAGACCCAAAUGUGAGGUCUGAAGAUGGAUCCACUCCACUUCAUGUAGCAGCUGCUUGGGGAGAUAAAGAGACACUCCAGCUUUUGCUAAAAAAUGGUGCAGAUCCUAAUUUACUUGAUAAGGAGGGUCAAAGACCAGUGGAUAUAGCCAGGUCAGAAGGUUAUCCUGAGUGUGCUGACUUGUUGCGGUAUUAUGGCAUGUUGGUUGCUAUUGGAGAUGAAGAAGAAAGUCCAAGAUUUACAGAAGAACCAGUUGACGUCCCUAACAACUUCAUCCACUCAUCACUUUCACCUCCAGCUUGUAAAAGGAACAAUGCAUGCUUAAGCAACUCUUCCUCUGAUGAGGAAGGCUUUAAUGUAAGCAGGGAAUAUUCAGAAGCCUUAUCACGUAGGCUUAGUCGCCUUCUCCACACUGGGGAGAGUGCAUGUCUUGAUGUGACCUCACCUGACUGCCCUUAUCUUGGUCAAAAACAUGAAACACUAGGCAGAGGGGCAGCAAACAGGACCAUUCUUCCUGCAGACGACCCUCUUUUCUCUGACAGUAGCACUGACAGUAUUGGUUGUGCUGAAGAAAAAGAAACUGUUUGUUGCACGCCACACCACUAUUAUCUGGAAGCAAAAACAGCUGGACUUCAAGCACCAUGGAGAUCACCAGAGCAUAAAUGUUCUUGCCUUACCAGCAGAGUGUGCACAGUUGUGAACCUGAGCACUCAUGCAUGGACAUGCAAUAUGCAGAAAGACUGGAGAGGACAAUGCAAAAGAAGUACUUUCCUGACUUACAGGAGGCACUCAUCUUCCCAAGGGGUGCAAAGGCAUGAUACGUGCCGUAACUUUAGCAACCAGAGGGAUCUGUCACCACUUUCAAAAUCUUGCUGUCCAUUCAAUAAUCAGUCAGCUACAUGCAUGUCUGGCAGUGCAUUCUUUGAAUGGACCACUACCUUAUCAAGGAGGCUGUUCAAUGGUCUUGGCAGCAAACAUUUGAUGUCAGGAAUGACCUACAAUAAUCAUGAUGACGAUGAUGAUAAGCUCAUAACUGCUUCUCGAAGCAGCCAUUCUACUGACAGUGGAUAUUGUAGUACCUUGAAAGUACUGUCUCCUGUCAAGCUGAAAUCUGAUUUUCCUGAUUCACUUCAUACAAGCUACAGGCUUCAGAAAACUGUUCAGGAACAGAACAUUCUUACAGAAGGUAACCAGUCUCCAGAUGUAGAAAGAGCAUCAAGGGAUGGUAGAAGUGUAAGGGGUAUAAAGGAUGCAGAUGACUUUCAUCACACAAGUUUAUCUCCUAAAAAAGUGGCUGAUUCAGCAGCUAUAAAGAGUGCUUCAGAUUGUUCCAGUCAACCUAGAGAACCAAGAGGCACCAGACGAUUCCAGAAAAUUAACUACUUAAAAGGACCUGAUGUCACAGAAGGGGCAGAGAUGCCAAUGGCUGGGGAUGAGGAGAAGAAAUGCAUGCGGUCAGAAUCAUCUAGUGCAGUUUCCAAGAAUUCAGGGGACGUCAGUGUAUCCAGGGGCAAAUCUCGCCUAUCAUUUGCUGAAUUGUCAAUCUCUUCUGUGGACACAAAUGACAGUUUCCAGACAUGCCAGGAGGCAUCCUCUGAGACAGAGUCCAUAACAGCCCUAGGAUCACAAACAGGGAUUAUAAUGCAGUCAGAAGGGAGGAUAAACUUUCCAGAGGAUGACACCUUCCUGAUCCAGCUGGAAGGUGACACAGAUGAUCAUAUAGGCAUAAACAAUUCAUCCAAAGAGUUUUGCUCAAGAAAAAAAGCAGAUGCCUGGAGACGCGAAAGUGGAGGUUUUGAUGUGUCCAGUAUAAUGCCUAACCCUGGCUCGCCAAAAGAUAGUGGUACUUGUUCAAAAGCUGUAAAUUCUACCACAAUCUUAAAACCACAAAGUAAAUUACAGGAUGAUGCAUGUGGCGUAGACAAUGAAAACAGCCAGCAAAAAACAGGGUACACACAGGAGUGUAAAUCAGGCUUUCUCAAACCACCACGUAGAAGUGGAGUCUGGGCACCACCUACUGGUCCUCCGCCUGAUGACAGUGACCUUAUAACUUCCGAUGAAAGUUUUGUCAGCAAAACCAAAAAGAACUGUGAAAACAGGAAGAUUGACAGUGUCAGUUCUAACAAUGUCACACGCUGGUUGCAGAACAUAGCCAGCUUUCCUAACAGCACCAUCAGCAACAAAAGAAGACCCAGGCUUUCAGAAGACAGCUUGCUGAGCACUUCUUCAACAAGGGAAUACAUCUACAGGGACGAAGAAAAAGGCAUAACACUUCUGGAGCGCCAUAUCCCAUCCGAGUGCAGCAGUAGUUGCAGCAACCGUACGUCCCUUGAGAGUGUUUGUAGUCUAGACUCGCAGGCAACUGUCGUCUAUGACUGGAAAGAUGCAUCAGCAAGUGAAGCGUACAAGUCGUCCGACACUACGACCAGCCUGGACUUCAGUCUCAGUGGUCACACCAUGGCGUCCGAGUGCACUGAUCCAGAGCCAAGUCUUGGUAAUGCCACCAGCAUUGACGGCAAAGUACAGACAGAAGCACUCAGUGAGCAAGCCAGUACAAGUGACAGAGAGGAUACUUCAGACAGGAAAUCCAGCGGCAGCACUAGAGAAGGCCCCGUAAGUACAGCGGAGAUCCCCCCAGAACUGAAAUCCCUCUCUGAUGAAGCCAUCUUUCAAAGUUUGAAGGAGCUGGGAGAGAGUCCUGGUCCCGUACAAGCAGGCACCAGACAGACCUACCUUCGGCGCCUGGCUAGUCUGCGUAGCGGCAAGGUUAAACUGUCUCUGGCCACUUCGCCAUCGGGCUACUCAUCGGAACUGAACAGCCUUCUGUCUGGCUCUAUGGAUUUGGAGGAUUUGGUACACGCGGAACUGGUGAUGGUGGCUCAGUUCCAGACUCCGGGCAGUCGCACCUGGCGAGAGGGUAACAUCAAGUCCUGUUUCAACUAUUUGCUGCUUGAUCCCAGGGUCACGAAGAACUUGCCUUUACGGGCCAAAUCGCUUAGUGACUUGGAGGGUUUCAAAACGUUUCUCCUGGCUAUCUUUUACAUUGGGAAAGGAAAGCGAUCACGUCCAUAUUGUCACCUGUAUGAAGCAAUCUCCCAGCUAAAUACACCCAAACAAACAGUCAGCAAGAAGAUACAGCAAAUUUUAGAUGUGUGGGCCUCAAACCAAGGAGUGAUUUCACUGCAUUGCUUCCAAAAUGUCAUUCCAGUCGAAGCCUACACACGAGAAGCAUGUAUGGUCGAUGCUAUCGGUCUGGAGCGACUGACGAACGUGAAACGUGGUGACUACUACGGCGUUGCCUCUACAUGGCCUGCUACAAGGAGGCGGGCAGUAGGCGCAUUCCUCUUGAGGAAGGCUUAUCAGAUCUUCCUCGCCGAAGGUGAAAGGCAGAUCUGCCCUGUCGAUAUUAAGAAUGGAAGAUAAGAUGGACUGCAUACUUCAGAACUGACGAGCAUAUUUUUUUAAUGGAUUUAUUUUCUUGAAACACUAGAUAUUGUUGAACUAAAUAUGGAAAUCAAAAUAGUGGUCAAGGUAGCUGUCGAUCGAGAUUACACUUGUUUCUGCUCAAUAAAGGUAAAUCAGGAAGUUGUAGUCUGCUCUUUUCAUCAGUUCGUAUCGAGGUCUGGAGAAAAACUAAUCAAUCAAAGAAAUAUAUCGGUGACGAAGACUGUUACAGACGUGACUUUGUUGCAGGGUAUUUCCUAAGUAUAAUUUCAGAAAUAUUUCCAGAACAAUAGAUUUAUUGUAAUUAAAGUUCUUUUACAUUUUGAUUGUGCUUUCGCUUGUGAAAUGUCUCACACGUUAUUCAGUUAAAUUUAAAAUUAUAUAGAUAUUUUAAAGAUUUAAAAAAAACGUUGUAAGAUAUUGUUGACCAACUUUCUUAUUGCAAUAUUUGCUUCCUUUAUCACUUAUAGUCAUUGAGUCUGCCUCUCCGAAAAGUUGUCAUUGUUUUGUUCGUCUUCAUCACGCACUAUUCCAAAAUAUCAGGUUUGUUUGUGUUUAAAGCUUCAGUGUUUUAAAUGAUCAUGAGUUUUCAGUCUGUAUUGUUACAGAAGUUUACAAAUAUGUGUACAAAUUGGAAAUGAUGAAAUAAGGCUCAACAUUUGUGUGAACUUUUUAUUGAAUAUUGAGUGAUGUGAACAAAGUUUUCUUAAUAAAAUUACUUUGGUUUCAUAUGUCUGAAGUCCUGGAAAUAACAGUGUGUUGUGGAUGAUGAAUUAUCUGUCACGAAGAACGUUAGAGUAAUACAGUAUAAUUAGUUCGGCAUGGAUAGCUCGCAUUGGUGAAAAGCACAGAAGAAAAGGAGAGAUAAAGUUGUACAUGUAACAGUCGAGUAGUGGAAUGUUAUUUACAGGUAAUAAUG